AUGGCGCUGGCAAGGCCUGGGACCCGGGACCCUAGGCCCCCUGCCUCUCUCCUGCUGCUGCUACUGCUACUCUGGGCCCCUGCCCUGGCCCUCCUAGACGGAAUGCUGCCUUCGGAGACCCCAAGUGCCUGUGCCUCAGACCCAUGUGCUCCCGGGACAGAGUGCCAGGCUACAGAGAGUGGUGGCUACACCUGUGGGCCCACAGAGUCCCAGGGCUGUGCCACCCAGCCAUGCCACCACGGUGCUCUGUGUGUACCCCAGGGUCCAGAUCCCAAUGGCUUCCGCUGCUACUGUGUCCCAGGUUUCCAGGGACCACACUGUGAGCUGGACAUCAAUGAGUGUGCAUCCCGGCCCUGCCACCAUGGGGCCACCUGCCACAAUCUGGCUGACCGCUACGAGUGCCACUGCCCCCUUGGCUAUACAGGCGUGACCUGUGAGUCUGAGGUGGACGAGUGCGCCUCUGCGCCCUGCCUGCAUGGAGGCUCAUGCCUGGACGGUGUGGGAUCCUACCGCUGCGUGUGUGCCCCGGGCUUCGGGGGCUCCAGCUGCCAGCUGAACCUGGAUGAGUGUCAGAGCCAGCCGUGCGUGCACGGGGGCGUGUGCCACGACCUGGUCAACGGGUACCGAUGUGACUGCACGGACACUGGCUAUGAGGGUGCGCGUUGCGAAGAGGAGGUGCUCGAGUGCGCUUCCGCGCCCUGUGAGCACAACGCAUCCUGCCUUGAAGGUCUCGGGAGCUUCCGCUGUCUCUGCUGGCCUGGCUACAGCGGCGAGCGGUGCGAGGUGGAUGAGGACGAGUGUGCAUCGAGCCCCUGCCAGCAUGGAGGCCAGUGUCUGCAGCGCUCCGAUCCGACCCUCUACGGGGGAGCCCAGGCCGCCUUCCCAGGAGCCUUCAGCUUUCGUCAUGCCGCUGGCUUCCAGUGUCGUUGCCUGCCGGGCUUUGAGGGGGACGACUGCAGCGUGGAUGUGGAUGAGUGUGCCUCCCAGCCGUGCAUCUACGGAGGCCGCUGCCAGGACCUGCCCAAUGGCUUCCAGUGCCACUGCCCCGAUGGCUACACAGGCCUGACAUGUCAGGAGGAUGUGGAUGAAUGCCUGUCGGAGCCUUGCCUCCAUGGUGGGACCUGUGAUGACACCGUGGCGGGCUACAUCUGCUGGUGCUCAGAGGCCUGGGGUGGGCGUGACUGUUCUGUGCAGCUCACCGGCUGCCAGGGCCACACCUGCCCACUGACUGCUACUUGCAUCCCCAUCUUCGAAUCUGGGAUCCAUAGUUAUGCCUGUCACUGCCCACCAGGUACCCAUGGUCCUUUCUGUGGUCAGAAUACCACCUUCUCCUUGGUAGCUGGGAGCCCUGUGGUGGCAUCAGUGCCAGCUGGCAGCCCCAUGGGUCUGGCACUGCGGUUUCGUACCACAUUGUCUACUGCUGCCUUGGCCACUCGAACUGACACCCAGGACAGCUUGGAGCUGGCACUGUUGGGGAACACACUUCAGGCUACACUCAGGAGUCACGGUGUCACUGUGCUCAUCCUGAGGCUGCCAGACCUGGCCCUAAAUGACGGCCACUGGCACCGGGUGGAAGUGGCACUCCACCUUAGGACCCUGGAGCUACGGCUCUGGCAUGAAGGUUGCCCUGCUCGACUCUGCAUGGCCUCUGGUCCUGUGGCCCUGACGCCAGUGUCUUCAGUGGUCCCAUCGCCUGCUGGGGUCUGCUCCGCUCAGCUGGGUGGUGUGGCUUUUGCGGGCUGCCUCCAGGAUGUGCGGGUGGAUGGGCGCCUCCUGCUGCCUGAAGAGCUUGGUGAGAGUGUCCUCCUGGGCUGCAAGCGCCAUGAACAGUGCCAGCCUCUGCCUUGCGCCCACGGAGGGACGUGUGUGGACCUAUGGACUGAAUUCCAUUGUGACUGCCCCCGGCCUUACAGUGGCCCCAAGUGCAAUGAUGAGGUUCCUGCCGCUACCUUUGGCUUGGGAGGCACCAUGAGUUCUGCCUCCUUCCUGCUCCAUGAGUCACCAGGUCCCAACCUCACAAUCUCCUUCCUUCUCCGCACUCGGGAACCUGCUGGCUUGCUGCUCCAGUUUGCCAAUGAUUCAGCAGUAGGCCUGACCGUGUUCCUGAGUGGGGGCCAGAUUCGGGCUGAGGCACUGGGCAGUCCCGUCCUGGCACUGCCAGGGCGCUGGGAUGACGGGGUCCGCCACCUGGUGACGCUCAGCGUUGGGUCUGACCGGCUGCAGGGCCUGGGGCAGCAGGUGCAUGUGGGUGGCAGGCUCCUCCCUGCAGAGACCCAGCCCUGGGGUGGACCCUUCCGAGGCUGCCUCCAGGACCUGCAACUUAACAACUUCCACCUUCCCUUCUUCCCACUGUCAGUGGGAAAUUCAAGCGACCCCAACAAUGUGGGCAGCAGGCAGAUGUGGAACCUCACUUUAGGCUGUGUCUCAGAAGACGUGUGCAGUUCUAACCCCUGCCUCAAUGGUGGGACAUGCCUUGUCACCUGGAAUGACUUCCAUUGCACCUGCCUUGCCAACUUCACAGGACCCACAUGUGCCCAGCAGUUGUGGUGUCCUGGGCAGCCCUGCCUCCCACCUGCCACGUGUCAGGAGGUCCCUGAUGGCUUUGUCUGUGUGUCUGAGGCCACGUUCCUUGAGGGCCCCUCAGUCGAGUUCAGUGGACACAACGUGUCGGCAGGGCGCAGUUUUGGGAGCCUCUCACUGGCCUUCCGUACUCGCGACCAGGAGGCCAGGCUGCUGAGUGCUGCCACGGGACCCCAGGCCGCAGUCUGGCUGGCCUUGCACAAUGGCUCACUAGCAGCUGGCAUCCGCAGCGGCCACGGCCUGCCAGGCGCCGUGCUGUCCGCGCCUGGACCGCGCGUGGCCGAUGGCACCUGGCACCGCGUGAGCCUGGCCAUGGAGAGCCCUAAGGCUGCCGCGUCGCGCUGGCUGCUGCGGCUGGACGAUGCAGCUACGCCCGAGGCGCUACGAGGACUGGCUGGAGACCUGGACUUCCUGCGCGGCCCGGGCGCUGUGCGCGUCUUGCUGGCGGAGAACUUCACGGGCUGUCUGGGCCGUGUGGUGCUCGGCGACCUCCCGCUACCCCUGGCGCAUCCGAGACCUGGCGCAGCACCAGGUCCUGGAGAGCGCUUUGAGGCUUGGCCUGGGUCGCCAGACCCGCGCCUUGGCUGCCACGGCGCGCCCGUGUGCGCCCCCACGCCCUGCCUGCACGGCGGCGCUUGCCGCGACCUCUUCGACACCUUCGCCUGCUCCUGCGGCCCUGGCUGGGAGGGCCCACGCUGCGAGACCCGUGCUGACCCCUGUCGCUCAGCACCCUGUGCCCGCGGCCGCUGUCAUGCACUCCCCGACGGUCGCUUCGAGUGCCGCUGCCCUCCCGGCUUCGUGGGCCCACGCUGUAGGUUGACCAUCCUGCCAGAAGAAUGUGGCCUGAACUUUACCUGCCUUAAUGGUGGACGGUGUCAAGUGGGGCCCUGGGGCACCAAUUGCAGCUGCCAGGAGGGCUUUGCUGGCCAGAGGUGUCAGAUCCCCACCCUUCCCUGUGAAGCCAACCCCUGUUUGAAUGGGGGCACCUGCCGGGCAGCUGGUGGGGACUAUGAAUGUAUCUGCAGUGCCACCUUCUCCGGCCAGUUUUGUGAAGUGGUGAAGGGCAGGCCCGUGCUGCAGUCGUUCCCGUUGCUGGAAGUCGCAGUGCCUGCCGCCUGUGCUUGUCUCCUUCUCCUCCUCCUGGGCCUCCUCUCAGGGAUCCUGGCAGCCAGAAAGCGUCGCCAGUCAGAGGGCACCUACAGCCCGAGCCAGCAGGAGGUGGCUGGGGCUCGGCUGGAGAUGGACAGUGUCCUCAAAGUGCCACCAGAGGAGAGACUCAUCUAG